UGGUGAAAAGGACGCACAAGGAGGCACGUGCACUCGCUAGGCAGCACCUUCUUUUUUAUUAUUAUUAUAAUAAACAAGGUUUUUUCACUGAAGUCAUGGCGUCGCUGUAACCUGAGCAGAAGCGAGGUGUAACGGCGGUGACGUGUAGUAGCGGUGUCGUAACGACAUCUACCUCACCUAUCUGCGGCGCAGCUGACGGACCCGCCUUCCCCCUCCCCCUCCUCCCCCUCCUCCAUCCCCCCCGUAGGGCUGGCACAGAGAUGGCAUCGAUUGCAGCGGCGCCCGAGCCGGGGUUAAGCCCGGGCUCCAUGGCGCUGGCCGAUGCGUUAGUCCCCGCCAGUAUAUUCGCUCCGGACCGGGGAGGAUGCGGGGACGACACCGGCGACGAGUGCUACGAUGACGGCGACAUGAUCAACGGCGAGCUGGAGCACCGCGGGGUGGACUUCACCAACAAGCUGGCGCUUGUGAGCCCCAACGGAGAGCAGUACGACUCGUUACUUCGCCAGCUGCGAGACAGAAUGGAGGAGGGCUGUGGGGAGACCAUCUACAUGGUGGGCAUGGGCUCAGAUGGCGGCGACUGGGGUCUGAAUGACACGGACAUGGAGGCCUCGGCGGCCACCGUGCGCUCCAUGUGCGAGCAAGUGGAUGCGGACCUCAUCACCCUGCGGGAGCGCACCGAGGCGGCCGGUUUGGUGCGCGACUAUCUGAUCCGCCGGCGUGUGGGUGAGCUGGACUUCCUGGAGGUCAGGGUUGCGGUCGUGGGUAACGUGGAUGCUGGUAAGAGUACUCUGCUGGGAGUGUUAACGCACGGAGAGCUGGACAAUGGCAGGGGCUUUGCUCGCCAAAAGCUCUUCAGACACAAACACGAGAUGGAGAGUGGCAGGACCAGCAGUGUGGGCAACGAUAUCCUGGGGUUUGACCAGGAGGGACAGGUGGUCAACAAACCCGACAGUCACGGAGGAAGCCUGGACUGGACCAAAAUCUGUGAGAAGUCCUCCAAGGUCAUAACCUUCAUAGACCUGGCUGGCCAUGAGAAAUACCUCAAGACCACGGUGUUCGGGAUGACCGGACACCUGCCCGACUUCUGCAUGCUCAUGGUGGGCAGCAAUGCGGGUAUCGUGGGGAUGACCAAAGAGCACCUGGGCCUGGCCUUGGCUCUGAAUGUGCCCGUGUUCGUAGUGGUGACCAAGAUAGACAUGUGUCCAGCCAACAUCCUGCAAGAGACGUUGAAGCUGCUCCAGAGGUUGCUGAAGUCCCCCGGCUGCAGGAAGAUUCCCGUCCUGGUGCAGAACAAGGACGACGUCAUCGUCACCGCGUCGAACUUCAGUUCCGAGAGAAUGUGUCCCAUCUUCCAGAUCUCCAAUGUGUCCGGAGAGAACAUGGACAUGCUCAAGAUGUUUCUCAACCUGCUCUCCUCAAGGACGUCGUACCGCGACGACCAGCCCGCUGAGUUCCAGAUCGACGACACGUACUCCGUCCCGGGAGUGGGGACCGUGGUGUCAGGGACCACUCUGCGCGGACUUAUACGCCUGAACGACACAAUGCUGCUGGGGCCGGACCCCUUGGGCAGCUUCAUCGCCAUCGCCGUCAAAUCCAUCCACCGCAAGAGAAUGCCCGUGAAGGAGGUCAGAGGGGGGCAGACGGCCUCGUUCGCCCUCAAAAAGAUCAAGCGUUCGUCCAUUAGAAAAGGCAUGGUGAUGGUCUCCCCAAGGCUGUGCCCGCAGGCCACCUGGGAGUUUGAGGCGGAGAUCCUGGUGCUGCAUCACCCGACCACCAUAUCCCCCAGAUACCAGGCCAUGGUGCACUGCGGCAGCAUCAGGCAGACCGCCACCAUCUUGUCCAUGAACAGGGACUGCUUACGGACCGGCGACAAGGCCUCCGUCCACUUCCGCUUCAUCAAAACCCCCGAGUACCUGCACUGCGACCAGAGGCUGGUGUUCAGGGAGGGACGCACCAAGGCCGUGGGCACCAUCACCAAGCUGUUGCAAUCCACCAACAAUCUACCAUCCAAUUCCAAACCGCCACAAAUCAAAAUGCAGCCUACGAAGAAGGCGGCGCCGCGAAGGGAGGACGGCACCGCGGCAGCCGGCGACGACGCGGCGGCGCAGUCAGCAGGCUCGAACGCCGCCCAACCGGGGGAGGGAGAUGAAGAUCCUCAGAUGAAAGAGGGCAACAAAGAGAACAAGCCAAAGUCCGGAGGAGGUGGAAGGAGACGCGGGGGCCAGAGGCACAAAGGAAAAGGCCAGAACAGCAGCACCAACUCCACAGCGGCCCCCUCCUCAGGGACAGGAGAGUCCUAGACCACCUCGUCCUGCGUAAAGCCUCCUUUCUGCAGAGUCUUCAUUCCACACAGCGCCAUGGGUACAAGUGUCUCAUCACUCGCGCCCUUUCACACCUUGUUCUACAUUAUGUUUCAAUUUAUAUAUAAAAAAAAAAAAAAAGAAGUACAUCCCAAUCCAAAAUACACAUCUAAUGCAUUAUAACAUCAGCUGCCUUUUACUAUUCGUGACGGUUUGGGUGAUGGACAGCAGUGUGGUUUGAAGUUGGCCUCAGCUUUAUUUAUUACUUUGUCUCUGAAAUUCAUUCCUCUGCCUUGGUGUCAGUGAAAAGGUGGGAAGCCAAACAGAAAACAAUAAUCCAGUAUCAACAUGAGCAGCUAUACGUGAAACUUCAAUAUUCCCUGUGUAUUAGCAGUGAACAACAAUGUACUAUUUAUACUGCGUAUGUGAACUAGAUGUUAGUUGUGCUCUGAGGCUCCGUUGUACAAAGUGUAUGCAAAUAAUAAAUGAAUGUAGCCGACAGCACGGAGCGAUUCUGGAUUCUAGAUACAUGGAACAUAUGAGCGGCUGAAUUUUUUUAAUUGUCAGUUAUUUAUUUGGCAUACAUGCAGAAUGUUCUCCUCUUUCAAGAUGCGCUCACUGGAUUGAGUCGUACCCACCAUGCGUCAGCCUGCUUACAAACACACAGCACAUCGUCUCGCCGCUCAUGGUAAAGACAUGCAGUACUCGCAGUGCUACUUGUGACUCACCCCCCAUGCGUUGUGGCCCGUCACUGUUGACGUGUCGUGACAGUUUAAAAACACUUUGCCGAUAAAAGGCCGACCAUUAAUAAACAGGCCUUGCUGAACUUA